AUUUAUUCGGCAUGUGCUCCCACCCUUCUUGUAUAUAACGACUCUCCCCUCGCACAACAUCCAUCACACACGGCACAGAGAGAACAGCUUCCAAAUGGGCAACAACCUUAGAAGCUGCUUGGCUUGCAUGUGUCCAUGUGGCGUCCUCGAUGUUGUCCGCGUCGUGCAUCUCAACGGCCGUGUCGAGGAGCACAGCCGCCACAUCACCGCGGCAGGAGUCCUGGCAGCGAGCCCCAACCAUGUCCUGACCGAGCCAUGUUCGCAAGGAAUGGCGCGGAAGAUUGUGAUAGUCGCACCAGAAUUGGAGCUCAAACGUGGGCAUAUUUACUUCCUCAUCCCAACAUCUGCAUUGCCAGAACAGAAGAGGAGCCGCGGUAGUAAGAAGCAUGGGAAGCUCACAUCAAGGUCAAGUAUGCAAAGAAAAGACAGGGAGAUCCUCCUGGAGAAGAGAAUUACUCAUCGUCGUCGGUGCAGUAGGGUCGGAGAAUGGCAACCAAAACUUGAGAGCAUAUGUGAAGGCAUAUGAGGGCAGUAGUGGCUGGCCAGGAUGUAAAGUUGGACGGUUAAUUUCUAUUUUCAGUCUCUUGCAAUCUAACAAGCAUAUAGCAAACAUCAAUACUUUUUGAAAUUCAAA